GCCCCACGGGCGCACCCCGCCUGACGCACAGGAAGGCCGCUCGCUGCCGCCGGCGCCGGGCGCGGCAUAAAGCUGGCGGCGGGGCGGGGAGCGGGCAGGAGGCAGCAGCCGCCGCCGGCAGCAGGGCUCGGCCGGGACCCGCGGGCGCAGUAUGUCCCAAUGGAGUCAAGUUCAGCAACUGGAAAUAAAGUUUUUGGAGCAGGUAGACCAGUUCUAUGAUGAUAACUUCCCUAUGGAAAUCCGGCACUUACUAGCACAAUGGAUAGAAAGCCAAGAUUGGGAGGCUGCAUCCAACAAUGAAGCAAUGGCAACGAUCCUGUUGCAGAAUUUGCUGAUACAAGUGGAUGAACAGCUGGACCGGGUUUCACAGGAGAAGAAUCUUCUGUUAAUACACAACCUGAAAAGAAUCAGGAAGCUGCUGCAGGGCAAAUAUCAUGGCAAUCCCAUGCAUAUAGCAGUGAUCAUCUCAAACUGUUUAAGAGAAGAAAGAAGAAUAUUGGCUGCAGCUAGCAUGCCAGUACAGGGGCCGCUGGAAAAGUCUCUGCAGAACUCUGUGGUUUCAGAACGACAAAGAAAUGUAGAACACAAAGUUUCAGCCAUCAAGAACAGCGCUCAGAUGACUGACCAAGAUGUCAAAUACUUGGAAGACUUGCAAGAGGAAUUUGACUUCAGGUAUAAAACAAUACAAAGCUUAGAGCAGAGCGACAAAAACAGCGCCCUCAUUAAACAGGAAAUGUUGGCGUUGCAGGCGAUGCUCAAUACUUUAGACUACAAGAGAAAGGAAGUACUCAGUAAAAUAGGGCGUGUGAUUCAUGAAAUCGAUAUGCUUAUGAGCAACAUGCUGACUGAAGAGCUGCUGGACUGGAAGAGACGGCAGCAGAUUGCUUGUAUUGGGGGUCCUCUCCAUGGCGGGCUUGAUCAGCUCCAGAACUGUUUCACGCUGUUGGCAGAGAGUCUCUUUCAAGUCAGAAGGCAGCUAGAAAAACUGGAUGAACUGCUGACCAGACUGACUUACGAUGGGGACCCAAUCCCACUGCAAAGACCUCAGCUGCUGGAAAAAGUCAACUUUCUGCUGUACAAUCUCUUCCGGAAUUCAUUCGUGGUUGAAAGGCAGCCCUGCAUGCCAACACAUCCCCAGAGGCCAAUGGUUCUUAAAACAUUAAUACAGUUCACGGUUAAAUUGAGGUUGCUGAUUAAAUUGCCAGAGCUGAACUACCAGAUCAGAGUGAAGGCAACUAUUGACAAGAAUGUUUCAACAGUAAGUAACCGUAGAUUCAUUCUGUGUGGAACACACACGAAAGCAAUGAACAUGGAUGAAUCCGCAAAUGGAAGCCUGUCUGUAGAAUUUCGACAUUUGCAACCCAAAGAAAUGAAAUCAAGUGCUGGCAGCAAAGGAAAUGAGGGCCCUCACAUGGUGACCGAGGAGCUGCAUUCCAUCAGCUUUGAAACGCAGGUCUGCCUGUAUGGAUUGACUAUAAACUUGGAAACCAGCUCCUUGCCUGUGGUGAUGAUUUCCAAUGUCAGCCAGCUACCCAAUGCGUGGGCUUCUAUUAUUUGGUACAAUCUGUCAACCAACGAUCCUCAGAAUUUGUCUUUCUUCAAUAAUCCUCCUGCUGCCACUUUAAGUCAGCUCUUAGAAGUACUGAGCUGGCAAUUUUCCUCGUAUGUCGGUCGUGGACUCAAUUCUGAGCAGCUCAACAUGCUGGCAGAGAAACUUACGGGACAACAAGUUAGUUACAAUGAUUAUCAACUAUCCUGGGCAAAGUUCUGCAAGGAACAUUUGCCUGGAAAGUCUUUUACCUUUUGGGUUUGGCUUGAAGCUAUCCUGGACUUAAUUAAAAAGCACAUUCUUCCUCUUUGGAUUGAUGGGUACAUAAUGGGAUUUGUAAGCAAAGAAAAGGAGCGAAUUUUGCUCAAAGACAAGACACCAGGAACAUUUUUGUUAAGAUUUAGUGAAAGCAAUCUAGGUGGAAUUACCUUUACUUGGGUGGAUCAGUUAGAAAAUGGAGACGUUACAUUUCAUUCAGUGGAACCCUAUAACAAAGGUCGCUUAUCUGCACUGCCUUUUGCUGACAUACUGCGUGAUUACAAAGUUAUUAUGGCAGACAAUGUUCCUGAAAAUCCUCUGAAGUAUCUGUAUCCAGACAUUCCCAAAGAUAAGGCGUUUGGCAAACACUACAGCUGUCAGCCAAAUGAAGUCUCAAAGCCCUCAGAUGGAGGCGGCAAAGGUUACGUUCCUUCUGUAUUUAUCCCAGUCUCUAAAAUCUUAAAUGAUUCUACAGAUCCACAUUCUCCAUCAGAUCUUCUUCCAAUGUCUCCAAGUGUUUAUGCUGUGCUGAGAGAACAUCUGAGUCCCACUGUGAUCGAAACUGCUCUGGGUUCUCCUUACUCAACUGACUGAAGUUCACAAACCAGAAAAAUCAGUAAUCAUGUGUGGGUUAAAGAUGCAGUAAUUUUUAUAGUUUUCCCCCUCCAUCAUGUAAAUCAGCAUUUCCCAGAAACCAUUAGAAUGUUAUUCUUGGGACCCUGUUACCAACAUCAUGUAAGCCGGGAAUCUUCUCCCUAGGGAUUACGAAUAGCCUCCUGCAAGUCAGAAUUCCUCUCCUCACUGAUAAAAGGCCAAAUCCUUUCUGGCUUGCAGGUCAUUUGACUUCAGCAGGGUCCAGCAGAAUAAUUCUGCAAGUAAAAUUUAUCGUCCAUAGAAU